AUGGCCACUAGACAUCAAGUAAUGUUGUGUUACAAUUUAUUUUCUGGAGGUGUCUUUGAUCACAAUGUUGAAGUGGGCCAAGGUCACAGCACUAUUCUCGCUGAUCUUGAGAGAAGUGAUGAAAUCCAAGGAGGCUUGGAAAAUAUUCCAUCCUACACAGAGGUGUAUGUGCCAGCCUGGAACAGUAUCCCGCCACAGCACGGCACUGCAUAUGAAAAUGCACAGGCCACCAUUGCAUCUGAAAUUGCACAGCCCAGCACUGCACAUGAAAAUUCACAACCAACAUUUGUUCUUAAUCUUUUUCCAGAUGACACGUUUGAUAUCCGUGCAAUUCUGAUGAAAGCACCACAUGGACCCUCUAUUGUGGAGAGUCUAGAGAAUAAUACAAUUUCCACCAAGCAAAGGCGUGCAAUGGUGCGAAUUACCGUUUCUUUUCUUAUUGAGAAAUAUGGCGAAACACCAUCAACAGAGACCAAAAAGGCAAUGGCCAUUUCUCUAGUAGAGACAUUUCCCUGUCUCCGUGACCCUGAAGGAAAUGGCUUUGAGGCCUGGUUCAGCCAGGGGCGAAAACACAGGCCUUCCACAGGAUUUCUUGAGGAGCGCCUUCGCAAUAUAAGAAAGCGGAUGCGGAGAUUAAGAACACAGCCCUCCAUAGUGCCUGUCUGUGAGGAGAGGUUGACUUUCAUUCCUACAUCAACUUUGUCUCCUGAGAGAGCAAUUCAAUUAAAAGAAUGGCUAAAAAACAAUACCAGACCACUGGACCAGGUUGAGCAGUAUAUGAAAGCAACUGCUCUUUUUAGGGCUCACUGGAUUCGCCAGAACAGCUCGAAACCAAUAUCUGAGAUUUUAUCAGAGUUCCCUCGUCUAAUGGAUACCCCAGGCAUGAUAUCUCAAGACUUUAGUGUACUCCACCCUGAUGCUGCUGACAAAUUGUGCUCAUCCUGGUUGCCUGACUUUGCUGACAAGAUCCUGGCCUUUGCUAAAAGAGAUGGACGACAAAUGGAUUUCCUCAAUUUAGACAACAUAUCUGCAGAUACCAAAGGCACCAUGGCACUGAAAAUUUUACCUCAGAUCCUUCCACCAUCUGUGUACAAGAUUGGCAACAAAACAUUCCGGCCAACUAUUGAGGAAGCCAGAACCUCUUUCAUUGAUGUACAACCAUCUGGAACCAACAUGGUGCAGUACCUACUAAAACAGAGGGAGGAGAAGCCCUUCCCAUUUGUCUUAGAACUUGGAGUUGGUGGACAGUUUUUCGUGGUGGUGAAUGGGGAAGCCCUAGAAGAGCAGACUCUCCUCAAGGCAGAUGAUGUGGCAUUUUCUCCAGCUGUUCUGCAGAAUAGCGGUUUGUUUCCUGAUCUUCUCAGCAUUAGACCUCUGUGGGAGAUGCAGGUGGGGUGUGACUUUGAGGUCCAGGAGGGUUAA